CCCACGGCAUUUCCCAGCGUAAAAACUCCACAGAAAAAAACCCAGCCCACGCUGGGCCCCGCCCGGCGAGCCCACCCGUCCGCUUCCGCUUGCCUCGGCACUCGGCAAGCAGGCAGCCCAUGUGCUGAGCUCACAUGCCUGCCGCUACCACGCCUCGCCGCCACCCUUCUUCCCCCUCCGCCUCCUCCUACCUAGCCACCUCAUCGCUAGCCUAACCGCGGCAGCCACCACACCACACGCCACCAGUCCACCACACCAAACCGCACGCUCUAGUCGUGAGGGGGCGAUCAGGCGAAGCGGCGCGCGAUGAAGGAGGGGGCUGGCGGCGGCGGCGGCGGCGGCGGGGGAGGAGUUGUUGGAGGAGAGGACGGCGGGUUCGUCCGGGCGGACCAGAUCGACCUCAAGAGCCUGGACGAGCAGCUGGAGCGCCACCUCAGCCGCGCAUGGACCAUGGAGAAGCGCAAGGAGGAGGCCUCCGCCGGCGCCAACCAGCGCGGCGGCGCCGCCGGGAGGCAGCACUCCCUUCGCCCCCGGAGGGAGGACUGGGAGAUCGACCCCGCCAAGCUCGUCGUCAAGGGCGUCAUCGCCCGCGGCACCUUCGGCACCGUCCACCGCGGCAUCUACGACGGCCACGACGUCGCAGUGAAAUUACUUGAUUGGGGUGAGGAUGGUCAUAGGUCAGAACAAGAUAUUGCAGCACUAAGAGCAGCAUUUUCACAAGAGGUCUCUGUUUGGCAUAAGCUUGACCAUCCAAAUGUAACUAAGUUUAUAGGAGCUAUAAUGGGUGCAAGGGAUCUGAAUAUUCAGACAGAAAAUGGGCACAUCGGCAUGCCAACUAAUAUCUGCUGUGUUGUUGUGGAGUAUCUUGCUGGAGGUGCACUAAAAUCAUUUCUGAUAAAGAACAGGAGGAGGAAGUUAGCUUUUAAGGUUGUUGUCCAAAUUGCUCUCGACCUUGCUCGAGGGUUAAGCUAUCUUCACUCAAAGAAGAUUGUGCACCGUGAUGUGAAGACUGAAAAUAUGCUUCUUGACAAAACAAGAACUGUGAAAAUUGCUGAUUUUGGUGUUGCUCGCCUUGAAGCUUCUAAUCCCAGUGAUAUGACCGGUGAAACCGGAACACUUGGUUACAUGGCACCUGAGGUUCUUAAUGGUAAUCCUUAUAACAGGAAAUGUGAUGUCUAUAGCUUUGGAAUUUGUUUAUGGGAGAUAUACUGCUGUGACAUGCCAUAUCCAGAUUUGAGCUUCUCAGAGGUCACGUCUGCUGUUGUUCGACAGAACUUGAGGCCUGAGAUACCGCGCUGCUGUCCAAGUUCUUUAGCAAAUGUGAUGAAGCGUUGCUGGGAUGCGAACCCCGACAAGCGACCUGAGAUGGCCGAGGUUGUGUCUAUGAUGGAGGCGAUUGACACAUCAAAGGGUGGAGGCAUGAUUCCCGUUGAUCAGAGACCAGGAUGCCUUUCGUGCUUCCGUCAGUACAGAGGUCCGUGAUUGACGGGCUUUUCUGGAGCUGUGGUCUGAAGAUUGACCCCUAGAUCCUGUGUAUGUCGAUUGCAUUUGUUUUCUGGGAAGCAAACUGGUUAAUGGAGCUAGUGUGCUUGUGAUCCCUUGUCUGAGAAGCCCUUCGUAUGUAAAUUCUCCGUCCAUCCCAUCUGUAACUCUGUUUAUCAAUGAAUGAAAGAACCGGCUCGCUCGUCUAUGUUUCCUGA